AUGGACUUCCCAACCAUCCAAACCCCCUCCUCUACCAGAUCCAAACGCAAGCGCUCCAAUAACACAAAAUCUUCCCCCGCCAACAACGAAGGCACCGAUAGAGUCAUAAACCCCCAUUCCCACACUCCCGACACCCUCCGCCAGUUCGCUCUCGCAGGCUACCCCGCCGACGCUCCUGCCCCGGCAGAGGUCUGGCCUGGCUUCCCGCAUCGCGCGCCGGACAGGAGGAGGCAUUUUCGGUUCUAUUAUCACCCGGACGAACAGGGAGACAGGGGACGCAACGGGAAGGGGGAGGGUCGUGGUCCGAGUCGGGGGGAUGGGGUUCUAGAAGGUGACCGGGAGCAGGCUGAGGGUGAGGAGGGGGAUGCGGACGUGGAUAGCACAACGGCCGUUGAGUCGGGGGAUGAUGGCCAUACCUAUCAUCAUCGUCGUCGUCGUCAUCGCCGCAAAUCCAGUGGCGCAAAUGGAUUGUCAGCAGAAGAAGACCGUAAGGCUCGCGCGUACCGUGCCCACGUCGGCUGGCUCACUACCAUUCUGCGUCGGGCUUUAGCAACCAACGAUUUGCCUACCGCUAAGCGCGCAUUUGGAUUGUUGAUCAGGGCAAGUGUGUACGGGAAGCCGGUUGAUCUGAGAUAUGAACGGCUGUGGGAGAUGGGAGGAGAGAUUUUAUUAAGGGAAGGGGACCAGCUCCUGGAACAGGUGCAGAAGAAUGAUAGGGGGCAACAACAAGGGGGGGUUACCGAGGAAGCGGAAGGGGAAACGGAGAGGGAUGAGGGGCAGGAUUGGCUAUGGCAGAAUAUUGGAAUCGAGGCUGGGUCAGGACCGAGACAGACGUCGAUGUCAAGAAGAGAAAAAUGGGAACGCGAAGACCGCGUCGCAGAAGAAAGGCUGGAGAAACUGAAGGGGUAUUUUGGUUACCUCGUCCAGCAGUACCCUUACUCAAGGCAACAUGCGGGGAGUGCCGGACCUGUAGUCGACUUCCAAGUGGCUCUAUUUGGGAUUGAGCUGGAAGAAAUCUGGCGCGCGCACAAGAGGGGCUUGGAAAGGUUAGACGAGGAAGCUGCCGACCCCGAUGAGGAAGACCCAGAAGUGGACGAAGAAAUGCCAGAGUACGACUUCACGCAAGACUACGACCUCCACGACGGUAACGAUGAAGGGGUAAACCGCGACUCUUACUCACAAGACUACGACUAUGCUCUCCCCCGUCACUCGCCAAAAGUUGAUGACCCCCUACGAGAUCUGACACCGCGAGAGCGCCGUCUCCACACCCAACGCAUCACCCUCUACAAACAAACCCUCUCCCGCCUUGCCUCCCUCUCCGAACGCAUGGACUCCGUAAUGGAAACUCUUCCCUUCUCCCGCGACGCAGAGAUGUUGCGCCUCCGGGCGAUGGUCGCGCUGUACGCGGGGGAUGUGGCCAUCACUCCAAGGCUCACGAGGUCGAUAGACGAAACAAUAGAGGGACGCAGGGAGAGAUUAAGACAAAGAGGGAAGGCGAGGGAGAUGCUUGCACGGAUGAGGGAAGUUGGAGGGGAGAUGGGUGAGUUAGAGAGGAUUUGGAGGGAAUUAGUCAAGGAGGAGGAGGAGGAGGAGGAGAGGGAGGAGAGGGAGGAGGUUGGGUUUUGA